AUACAAGUUUUGGAACAUUUGGAUGACAAACCCACUUGUCUAUCAACUAGAGACGGACUAGCUCGUGGCCUAGGGAUCGCUAUUACUGGGAGCCCCAUCAUCGGCUGGCUAGAGGCAGGAAUUGGUUCGAAAACAGAAGUAUUAUCUGAAGAAGAGACAGACACUAUUGCAAGAGGAUUGACGGGACUAGAUGAUGUAAAUCCUGGCUGCUGGGGGGUUGGCUGUGGAUGUACUUCCACAGCAGUUCUGCUCGGGGAGGCGCAAGUUGCCAGGGAAGAGGAGGAGCUCGCCGAGGGAGGCGGUGGUGCGAUAAUGGCAGAUUGA